GUGAGUCGGUGUUUUGAAUGUUUUUUCCAGUUAAAGUUUCUGUAAAUUUCAGCCUUACCGGACGAAAACAGGCGAAAGUUUGAAAAGAAGCGACUAAAGUUUGAUGAAAUCGUAAAAUCUGAUGGCGGGAGGAAAUUUACAGAAAGCGAUUGACCUCGCCACCAAAGCUGCACAGGCAGAUAAAGCCAAAAAGUACGAGGAGGCCCUCAGACUUUAUGAGAGCGCCGUGGAGUACUUCCUUCAUGUUGUUAAGUAUGAGGCUCUUGGUGAGCGUGCAAAAGACAGCAUCAGAAUGAAGUGCAAAGACUACCUGGAGCGAGCAGAGCAGCUUAAAGAAUGCCUGAAGAAGAAGGAGAAGAGUCCUCCAGCCAAACCAGUCAAAGAGUCACAGUCUGAUGACAAAGAUAAUGAAGAUGGGGACGGAGAGGAUGCAGAGAAGAAAAAAUUCCAGGAACAACUCUCAGGUGCCAUCGUCAUGGAGAAACCAAACAUAAAGUGGGACGAUGUUGCUGGACUGGAAGGAGCCAAAGAAGCUUUAAAAGAAGCUGUGAUCCUACCAAUCAAAUUCCCUCACCUGUUUCAAGGGAAGAGGAAGCCUUGGCGGGGGAUUCUUCUGUUUGGACCUCCAGGAACAGGAAAGUCCUACCUGGCUAAAGCUGUCGCCACAGAAGCCAACAACUCCACAUUCUUCUCCAUCUCAUCCUCUGACCUUGUGUCCAAGUGGCUCGGAGAGAGCGAAAAGUUGGUGAAGAAUCUGUUCAGUUUGGCCCGACAGCACAAACCAUCAAUCAUUUUCAUCGAUGAGAUCGAUUCUCUCUGUGGAUCUCGAAGUGAGAAUGAGAGUGAGGCGGCACGGAGGAUCAAGACAGAGUUCCUGGUGCAGAUGCAGGGUGUGGGGAAUGAUAAUGAUGGCAUCCUGGUGCUCGGAGCUACAAAUAUACCGUGGACCCUGGACUCUGCCAUCAGGAGAAGGUUUGAAAAGCGGAUCUACAUCCCUCUCCCUGAGGGCCCCGCUCGCACCACCAUGUUCAAACUUCACCUUGGUUCUACCCCCAACCAGCUGAUGGAGGCCGACUUCAUCACUCUGGGUAAAGACACGCAGGGUUACUCCGGGGCAGACAUCAGUAUCGUCGUCAGAGACGCUCUGAUGCAGCCAGUCAGGAAGGUUCAAUCAGCAACGCACUUUAAAAAGGUUCGAGGACCAUCAAGAAACAAUCCAGAUGUUGUUGUGGAUGACCUUCUGACUCCGUGCUCCCCUGGUGAUCCUGGAGCCAUCCAGAUGACAUGGAUGGAAGUUCCUGGGGACUCACUUCUAGAGCCGGUCGUUUGCAUGCUCGACAUGCAGAGGUCGCUGGCAAACACCAAACCCACGGUGAAUGAGCAGGACUUGGAGAAACUGAAGAAGUUUACUGAAGAUUUUGGUCAGGAAGGUUAAAAACUGUCUGUCGCUAAUCGUCUUUAAUAUCAUUAGAUUUAUCUUUCAGUCUGUAAAACAUCAGAAACUAUAAAAAUAUUCAUGAAAGGUUACUGAAGCCUAAAAUAAACAUUUAAAAUUCUGUUACAAAAGAAAAACAAGCUAGCACCAUAAACUGUAUAAAGAAGUGGACAUUCAUCUCUCUGAAGCUUCUUCUGCUGUGGCCGUCUUUGUUUUGGAGCAUAGAGGGAUUUGGAUAGCUGGAGAGAAGAGAAGGGGAAACACUAAACUAUCAGCUAAUAUUUUAUUUAACAUCCUCAUUUUGGCUUAAACGCUGAGAUGGAGCAGACCGAGGGAGACCAUGAUCAGUGAUGAUGAUGAUGAAUCAGACCUCACUAGAGUUUUAACUACUCUACACUCGUCCAAUUCUUUAGACAAUCUGUGGUCGAUAUUUAGGGUUAAUUUUUUAAUGGUUCUCUUUGACUCUGUAUUAUUUAUCCAGAAUCAUUCUCUUUAAUUUAUUUUCUCUACAUACUAACAAACAAAUCCACUUUUGAAGCACUUUUUUAUCACUAAUAGACAUCAUGUUUACAUCUUUGUAAGCUUUCUUGUUUUUUAUGUUUUAUUUUUGUUUUUUUUGUUGGCCUUACUUCAACUUAAGCUGUUUCUAUUUUUGAAGAACAGUUCCUCUUCAUUGUCGUUUAUCGUUUUUGGUGAUGCUUUGGUUGGUAAAUGCGCAUCUUAAACACAGCAUACCUCUGAUUAUAGUCUGGCAUACCGUGGAGUCAUAUCGCCUUAAAGAAAACCUCAUCUUAGGCUUUAACAACAGGAAAUGAUGCAGUUAAAUGUGCACAUGCUCAGACUGUUUUAACCUGUAGAUGAUUAUGUUUGACUGCAUGAAAUAUAGAGCAGUAGUUCUCAGCUGGCCUCGGGUCAGGACCCACCACCACCUCCAUGUCGACCAAUAGAGCUCCAGAUUUCUGAAAAUUCCAAGUCAUGAUCUAGUUUCAUCAUUGUUGUUUAUUAUUUGAAUCCAACCAAAUUAAGUCAGCUGGUGGUGUUUGUUUUUAAAGAAAAGAAGCAUCAAAUGAAGCACCAGAGGUGGUGGUUUGAGUACUUUAAAGGUAAAGGACUGUUGUAUUCAUGGAAAAGUACAGUUACUGUGGUUAAAAUGUACUUAAGUUAAAGUAAAAGUACUAGUCUAGAAAUGUACUCAAGUAAAAGUUAAAAGUAUUCAGAGUUUUUACUUCAAGUACUUUCUCCAACCAGGUUGUUCAGGUGAAGUCACACCCCUAUAAUAAGAGGAAUACACAACAAAAAUGACAGUGUUAAACUAAUCUAGAGUCAAAUUAAAAGUGCCUAUACUGGUCCACACUAAAGUUCACUUUUAAAGUGUUAAAUAGUUGACAGUAUGACAGAGCUGCUGUAACUCAGAAAAUCUGUGCUAAAGCCGGGUGUACACUGUGAGAUUUUCCUCUGAUUCAGCCAUGAAUUUUGAGUCGCUUUACUCACUUUGAAGUCUGGCCGACUUUCAGUCGGAUUGGGCGUCGUUUGUCAUGCUAUGUACAGGGGGGAUACGACGGCCGACCGCGGCCCAACUACAACCUUCAAACCUGCUCCCAACUGGUCGGAAGGAUUUCUGGCAUGUUUGAUAUUUUGGUUGUACGACUCCAGACACUUCACAGUGAGAGCAGAAACUCAAGCAGAAUAAACAAGUUUGGGAGAUUGUUUUCCUUUGUAAACUGUCAGACAACAUCCUAAAUUAUCAUGACAACAGCUAGAAUGACUCUGAUGCACCCCGCUAUGAUAAAGGAAAUAGACUAGCAGGAAACAUUCCAACCCACAGCUGACACAGAUGGUGGUAAUGUUAGUGUUUGUGGGAUAGAGAGAGGUAGCGGGAGAGAUAGAGGGGGUAGAGAGAGAGAAUAUGACUGGAAACACUUCACCAUCAGUGUGUGUGACUUCUAAAAAAGUCCAUCCUGACUUCACUCGCACAGUGUGAGCACUCAGGCCGUGCAGGACCGUCGGAUCGUACAGUGUGUCAUAAGUAAUUCAGUUGCACGGUAUGAGAUGACAUUCUGCCACAACCAUCGUAUGGUUGGCUUAAAAUCGCACAGUGUAUACCUGGCUUUAGCUGGGUUUCCUCUGGCAAACAGAACAAAGCAGACAGUCAGCCUCAGAGCAAGACAAUGCAUACUGAUUAAGAAUAUGAUAUAUGCAGCUUUGAAGGACACUCCAAGUCACAGGCAGGAACUCUAACCCUGUGGAUAACUUCCCUCAUGGGGCAAAUGUGAGCCACAUAGUUUUGUCUCCAUGUUAGCACUAGUCAGACCAUAUUAUUUCAUAAAUGGAUCUGGAGAAUAUCCAUGCAUCACAAUGUCAACUUUGUAAAACAGGCUAAGAAGUUUUGGGAGUGAAAAAAGUGGAAGCAAAUUAAGAAUAUCGUCUGGUAGGACACUCCUGGUGCCUUGUUGUCCCCUGUGCUACUUCUUUUCUUGUUACUUGUCUCAAUGUGAGUGACAGAGGGAAAUAGGAACAGGAUGACUGGGGAUAACUCUGUAACUAGAGUGAUUUUAUAGCUGGCGCUCGCUCACAUUGCAUGCAGUUGGGCAUGUUGCAACAUAUCUAAAAGAGACUAUAUGCAAGGACAGGAAUAUGGUGUUCCUUGAGACUAAACCUUGAUUUUUGGUGUGCCUUGGCCAAAAAAAAAAAAAAAUUUCGGAUCAUAUGACUCUUAAAAGAUUUGAACUAACACUGGUGGACCAACACUGUCAAAAAUCUCUAACACUAAAGACUAUUUCACUCAGACCGGAGUUAGAAUCAACUCUGAGUAAUUUAACCCUGACAUAUCAACACUCUAGUUUUUGCUGUUUAUAGAUGUGAUAGGAAAUCACUCUCUCAAUGUUCUACUGUGCUAUACACAGAAGUGGAAAAAGUACAAUACUGAAGUAAAAGUACAGUUCCUCUGUAAGUAGAAGUACCAAUCUCAAAUUAUCCUAAGAAAAAAACAGUACAAGUACUUAAAAACACUACUCAGUUACAGUAAUAAAAGUAGAUGUAAUGAGCUACUUUCCACCCCUGAGAAGUCCUAAAUCUCUACUUUGAUGUGAAUGUGCAGCUUGAAGCAGAAAGCUUCGGUCAUCAGAGAAAGCUCAUCGAUAUUGCAUCGUCAUUUUAACUAACUUAAAGCAUGGUCAUGCUGCCUAGCUAUGUUGAACUCACUUUAUGGUAUGCUCCUCUGCUAUUUUCCCUUUAAAAUAAUUAGGUUAGAUGCUUAAAAAAGUGGGAAUUUUAUCCAUAAAAUGUGUAAAUGUUGAUGUUUUUAAACGUGUACACUUAUUUUUGAUGACUAGAUCAUAAGCAGUUUCUCAGGGGACAUUGUUGGGUUUGUUUUGAAGUCAAAUAUUGUACAAGAACAAUUUUAUAAACCCUGAAACUUCUUAAAUGUGCAAAAAUAUCUACAAUUUGCAUGGCCAGUUACUCUGAUUUAAAUGCACUAGGGAUCUUGUCAGUUUGCUGCUGCUGUCUCUUUCUAGGUUUGAAUUUUGUCUUUAUAUGAAGUUUUUCUUAUUGGGUUUUCCUGAAGUCACUUGUUUGUUUAACUCUGAUAAAACUGAAGGUGGUCAUUUGCACUUUUUUACUUCCUGUGUGACGUGUUCUGUGA